GAUAUAUAAAUAUUACACUCUCUUACCAAUCUCUUCCCUAUAUUCACGCCGCACUCACAUUUUUCUUCUCUUUCCAAAAGCAAAAACAAAAAUCAUCACAAAAUCCAUUCAUAGUGCUAGUUUUCUACUAAACCAAACCAUUUCCUCAACUUCUCUUUUGCUUUAACCUUAACACAAAGAAGAAGAAAAAAACAUGAGUGAGUUAUCUUUCUCAAAUGCUUCCAACAAGAACAAUGAGUUCUCUAGUAACCUCUUCACUAUCUUGUUACAUUUAUGUUUCUCCAUAUUUUCUCACCCUUUAUAUUUUUCCUAUUUUCUCUUCUUUUCUCCAUAUAUCCUUAAACUUCUCUCUUUUCUUUCUCCUUUGUUCAUUACCACUACCCUUCUUCUCCUUGUUGCUUUUCUUACUUUCACUCCAAACCUAGUUCAUCAUAAGGGUAGUAGCAAAAGUACUAGUACUAGUAGUGUUGAGAGUUAUGAGUCCAAAUGGUGUUUUUUUCUUUCUAUUUUGCAAACUUUUCUAGCAUGGUUUGAAGCUGAUGAUAAAGAUGAGGAAAUUGGUUUGCUAAAUGAGUUGGAAGCAUAUUUGGUUAUGUUCCAAGCUUCAAUCUUUGAAGUUCAUGAGCCAAAAUCAGUUGAAGAUUUUGUUGAAGAGUUUGAAGAAGCAGAUGAAGAGUUUUCAGUUGAAGAAAAAGUGGUUUCUUGUCAAAUGGAUGAAGAGAAAAAAGUGAACUUGGAUGAAGAAAACAAAGUUGAGAAAGUGGAAAUAGUUGAAUCCAUUAAGGAAGAAAAAGUGUUAGAUGUGAAGAGUUUAGUAACCUUGUUUCAAGAAUAUGCAGAGUUAGAAAAUGUGUCUUGUGAAAAGGAAGAAAAAGAAGUAGUCAAGCCUAUAUUGGAUACUAAAUUCAAUAAAGUGGAAGAAAGCAAAGAAACACUAUGGUCAAUAGGAAAUGGAUCCAAAGUGAAGGGUAAUAGAGACAUGUAUGCAAAUAAAGUGAAAGUGAAAUCUCAAACACUAGAUGAAGAUUUUGGAAGUCCAAAAAGCAAUUGGGAGUAUGGUGGAAAAGGUAUAGGGAAUAAUGAAGAAGUUUGUUCAAAUCUUGGAAGUUUUGGUUCAAUGAGAGUGGAAAAAGAGUGGAGAAGGACAUUGGCUUGCAAGCUUUUUGAGGAAAGACAUAAUAAUGGUGAUGGAAGUGAAGGAAUGGAUAUGCUUUGGGAAACAUAUGAGAAAGAAUCAAACAAGGUUGUGAAGAAAAGUAACACAAAGAAAGGGAAGAAAUUAAGUGAAGUUGAGUUUAGUGAGGAUGAGUUAGAGGAAGAGGAGGUAGGAGCUAAGUUAUGUUGUUUGCAAGCUUUGAAAUUCUCAACAGGGAAGAUGAAUUUAGGAAUGGGAAGGCCUAACCUUGUCAAAUUCUCCAAAGCUUUGAAAGGUAUUGGAUGGUUGCAUCAUGUAGGAAAGAAUGGAAAGAAGAAUAACCACUGAAUUUUUAUUUUAUUUUAUAUUUUGUAACUGUUGAUUAGACUUAGAAAUUGUGUAUUUGUUUGGUGAUGAGGAGUAAAUAUUUUGCAUGUCAAUUAUAUAAUGAUGCUUCUGUUGAGAAGUACUUCAUUGAAUAAUAUGAUCUGAAAAUGUGUUUAUGAGUAGCGAUCAGUGAAUAGUUCUCACUUUAUAAACCGUUUUUGUAGAAUUUGGAUGCUAGAUCUCGACUUUCCGAUUUCAAAUCAAUGGCCGAGAUCAUUAAAUAUUAGUUUACUAACUAUAUAAUAUGAAUGGUUUGAUCUCA